UCCAAAUAAGGCAUUGUUAUGUGGUCCAACAAAAACUGGGCAGUACAUUUCACUCCAGAAUUCCUUGCCGGUCUUGAGAUUUCAUUGCAUCCUGCACAGAUUCUAGACACCCUGUGCCGGAUGUAACAAAGAAACCCCAGAACAUACAGUAACCGACAGCAAUCUUACUGACGCCACAUUUUGCUCCAGAACCUCUCGACAGACUUGAAAAGUAGUUGUAGCAUGCAGUGAUUUGUGACACCCUGUGCCAAAUGCUGAAAAGCAGUCCCAGAACAUAACCAAGCUUUGCUCUGAGAGUGUCAAAUUUGCUUCUGUAAACAAAUUUGACUGUACCGUGUGUACAAAGAAACAAAAACUGAACCAACUAUGAAAUGCAUAGGAAGCUUGGUUAUGUUGUGGUGCUGUGGGUGCAGGACACAGUGAAAUCUCAAAUUUUCCAUGGGUCAAACCCCUGUUUUUAUGAGCCCUGAUCUAAAACCUUAUUAAUAGUCCGUUGAAGGAACUGAAACAUGCAAUCUGGAGAAGGCACCCAAAAAAACAUGCCAAAUUUUAUUUUAGUGACCUGUGUGUUGACUGGAAGUCUUUUAGCUGGAAAUGGCACGGAAAAAGUUACUUCAAUUAUUACAUUUUUUUUUUGUACACCUUGCGAUACUCCUUGUCCAAAAUGGGUAAAACCUGCUCAAAGUCUGAUUUAAAAUUACUGUGUUGAGUGGGUAUCUUUUAUCUGGAAAAAAAAAAAAAAAAAAAAAGUCCCAUAAGAAUGUUAAACAUUUAAAAAAGGCUAUUUUCAUUGUUUUACAUACACGUCUCAUAAAAAAAUGCACUAGAAUGACUUUUUCACAAAUGAGUGAGUCACAAUUAUAACAAUAACAAAUAUUGACAAUGUAAUUUGCAGUAUGUUAUUGAAUUUCCCAAAUGCUACAGUAAUUGUUUUCAAUACUAAUAUCUUAAACGCUGACCUCAUUGUGUACACCUGCACCAUUCAAUGAGCUCCGAUAGGCAGGUACUUUUCUUAGUGUUGUGUGAUUGGCCGAGGGUCUGCGGGAGGCGUGGCUUCACUAUGGCGCAGCACAGGUCCACUGUUCCCAUGCUCAGGUGACGCCUCUGUCCCCCCUCAAGGACAUUUUCACCCACCAGCUCAGCAUUCCUUGACGUUGGAAAAUAUUUUUUUACUUUUUUGUUGUUUUUUUUUUUCUUAAAAAUGAAAAGGCACGAGGGAUUAAUUGGUCAAAUCUUGAUUAUUAUUUUAGACUUUGUUUUUCCUGGUUCACAUGGCGAGCUGCUCGUUUCGGCGGUGAGUGCCAUGCGGUUCGACACCCUUGCAGGAGCCAACCUCACCCUGACCGUGUUCUUCAGCGGGGCGCCAGACCCGGCUGUGACAUGGUUCAAAGGCCGACUGCCCGUCGUCACUUGGACCAUCGGCUCAGACGCCCCCCCGGACGUGGCGGAAGAAUACAGGGAAGUGCUGAAGCUCGAACCCAACGGAUCCCUCAGCUUUGUCCAUGCGCCGCUAGGCUACGGCGGAGACUACACGGUGGAGAUGACCAAGUCUGGACUGGGCACAGCCUCCAUCAAUUUCACUUUGAGGGUUUUUGAAACCUUCCAGAACGUAACUGUGACCGCUUUUCCUGAGUUAAUCCAAGAGGGCAGUGAACAGUUUCGGCUGCAAUACAGCAUGCUGCGAGGCGUGGUGGAGCAGCAGCUGUGGUUUUUCAACGGCCACCCCAUACCAGGAGGAGAAGACAGCUUGCAUUACUUUGUGCAGCCUGCCAGCCUGGCGGUCCGUGAGCCCCACCGGAACGACACGGGACGGUACACGGUGUCACUGAGCAACCCCUUCAGCAACGUGGCGCUUCACUUGAACGUCACCAUCUUGUAUGGUCCAGAUGAGCCCAGAAUCCAAAUAAACCCAGUUCAGGACUUUUACGUAGCAGAAGAUUCGCUCACCCUGUCCUGCCAGGCGGGUGGGUCACCGCAGCCACUGGUGAAAUGGACGUUUGGUGGUGAAACCCUGGCUGACAGCCAUGCUGGGGUCCUGAAUCUCACCCGGGUGCAGACCAGCCAAGGAGGUCUUUACACCUGCGAGCUGCGUAACCAAAAGACAGGAGUGCAACGACACCAGAGCGUCGCGUUACGUGUUUAUGAGAGACCACCAGGAAGCCCGCACUGUUCCGUGAUUUCAGAGGACAACCUGAGCUUGCAGUACGGCUGCCAGUGGUCGGGAGGAACGCCACCAGCCAGGCUGUCCUUCCCGAAUGUCAGUGAAGGCAACGGCCUGGAAAACUUCACCUUGACCAUGAACGCGUCAGUUGAACUGGAUGGGAAAAUGGUCACCUGCGAUGCCGAACACCCCAUAGAACACAACAAGUGUAACGUCACAGCAAAGAGUCCACAGAACUUCCUCCCAGCCGUGAGAACCCACGUGGACUCUGAGGGCAAAAUAGUGGUGAGCAUCCGCUGCCUCAGCCGGGCCGCCCCCUCCGCCGUGGUGUCGUGGUUCCGAGGUGGCGAGCCGGUUGGCGACGGGAAUCUCAUCAGUGUUGACACCACCCGCCUCGACAUCCGCCAUCGCAACGUCAGCAUGCUCCUCCUCCAGAACUACACCUGCACCUGCCGCAACCCCCUGGGUGGCCGCAGCAAAGACGUCCAAUUGCAAGGGCCGUCCAUCUCCAAUUUCAGUUUGUUCCCGCACAAAGACGGAACCAUCGUCACGUUGACUUGGGAAGUCCCGCCCACCUCCAUCGUCACAGGUUUCGACAUCCAGAUGAGCGGACCGGCCUUGGUGAGUGCAGACGGUAACGUCAGUCAGUCCAAAGGCAGCACAGACGCUUUCUGCACCAUCCUGCCCAAACCCGGGUCGGCCCGAAGCGCUGACGUCUUCCACCUGGAUCCCAAAUCCACGUAUCACUUCCGGGUUCUUCCCAGAGCUCUGAUGGCCGAAGGCCGGCCAACGAAAGCCCACCGGAUCGGCCCUGGUGAGGGUCUGAGCGGUCCGGCCAUCGCCGGCAUCGCAGCUGGAAUCCCGUGCAGUCUUCUCUUCCUGCUUCUGGUGUGUGGCCUUGUGUAUUUGUGCCUCUACUGGAGCAGAGUUAAAAGACGGGGGACAAGAUAUCCAGUGUCCAGAGCCGCGGACAAGGUAACAACCACCCAGACGCAGGCGCCUCACAAUCUGCUGCCAGGAGGCCCAAAGUCUCCCCCCGACUACAACCGAUUGCGUCAGGCACCGUCCAUUCUUUCAGUGGCCCCGCCCUCCUUCGUCCCCCCACCUCCCGUCAGAGUUGCAACAACAGUCUGAGCCAAUUGAGUUUUGGACAGUAGGCUUUAUUUUUCAUUUUGUAUUGUGAUGUACAUAUUAUCUAUGCUCUAUUACUGUCUGCAAUUUUGUCAGAAUAAAAUUUUCCACUACUCAUA